UGUGUGCAGUUGUUAGCUGGUUAGCAUGCUAGUUAGCUCAGUUCUCAGACUGUAGCUGACAUAUUUCUUUCUGGUUGUUAGUAUUUGCUUAGAAUGAGCCCUAAAGAUGUCAGGGAUGACCCGACGACGAUAAACUCAGACUGCUUUGACCUGCAUCAUUCUAGCUCUGUCGGAUAGGACCGCUCUCUCACCACCUGAACCAUCUGCUUUGGAUCGAUUGUUUCUUCCGUUAAAGACAACAUUUAACCCAGGAUUGUACAACCCAUUAAGUCCCGAUCGACUCCUCCAAACGUGACGAUGUAUUGCCUGCAGUGGCUGCUCCCCGUGCUGCUCAUCCCCAAGCCGCUGAACCCGGCCCUGUGGUUCAACCACUCCAUGUUCAUGGGCUUCUACCUGCUCAGCUUCCUGCUGGAGAGGAAACCCUGCACCAUCUGUGCCUUGGUUUUCCUGGCUGCGCUCUUCCUCAUCUGCUACAGCUGCUGGGGCAACUGCUUCCUCUACCACUGCCAGGACACCGUGCUGCCGGAUGCCGCCCACGACCCCGACAUCAUCGGGACCUAAGAGGGGGCGACGAGGUCUGCUGAGGAGAAGGGAGAUUUACUGUAGAAUGAUACUGCCAUGCUGUUCAGGGUGGGGGGAUGGAUGACGCUCAGCCAAGGACGAUCCAUCCGAGGAGGCUGGAGAGAUGUAAAGGAGGGGAAAUGUUCAUUUCUACUUUGUGUCAGGAAAAAAAACUAGCAUCCAAACAAGAAAUGCAAAGGGAAGCGUGAACCUGACGCUGAGAGGAUUUGUUUCUUUCAGACAACAUUCAGUAAGGAGUUUCAGUGUUCCUGUAGUUCUUUUUAAAAUAGCAAAUGUUUUGUUCCUCAGGCUGCCCAAGCUCUUUAAGAAGAACCUGCACUGGUAAACAACAAACAUAGGAUGUCUGUUCCUCAUCACACACAAAGAGAGCACACCGACAGCCACCCCGACUGAAACCCACCACAGCUGGGACAAACUCUUUAGUCUUCUUCUCGUGCAUGGUUUGAAGUUUCUGUUUUCCUAAAUGUUCUGAACUGAAACUAAAUGCUGAAUGUGUGCAAUCAUUUUAUCGUUCUGAUUCUGCUGAAGAGCGUACGAACGUGGUGACGCUUCAGGAGUUGACGUUUUUCAUCUGUAAGAAACCCGGCGAGCGGUUUGAGGAAGUGCUACCUGUAGUUUCAGGUGUUCAGCUGUCACACGUCACUGGGAAGUGUGAGGAACGUCUGAGAACAUGUUCACUCUGGUUUUAAUUUAAAUAAAGUCUUUCUUCUCUA